AUGCGGAUUCUUCUGGUACUGUUUCCAUUCCUGGUUAGGUUUUCAGACACGUGUGCACCUACCAGAGCGACGACACCAAUUGUCUGUGCUUGUUCCACAUCAGAAGUUGCUUUGUUGUACCGAAUUGAUGGUAGUGAUGGCGGAGCUGAAGCAAUUCAACCGGUUGGAGAAGUAACAACAUCCGAUGCGAACAACUGUCCCACCGAAUACACAAUAACAUGUACUCUACCUGAAGGUUCGUCUGGAAAUGUCAUCAUGAUGUUCCAAGAUUCGGUCAGUGGAAGUAUAACACAAAGCACUAUCCCUCUCGCAUGUACUGAUGGAAAUUGGCUGUAUUUGGAUGAACCCAAUGGGCAAACGUAG